CCCCAUCCUCUCGCCAGGGAUGGAUGGUGCUGAGCUCCGCCGCCCGCUCUCCCAGUAACAACCAGAGAGCGACUGGGCCGGUUCCAGUGAGCAGAUGUUCCCCGGCAGGAUGACUCUGAGCCCGCCCGGACCGCCCAGCGGGCCGCCGGAGGAGCUGCAGGAGCUGCAGGAGCUGCAGGAGCUGCAGGAGCUGGCCUUCAUCGAGCGGCCGAUCCGCAGGAGCCUGAAGACGGCCGAGGAGAUCGAUCAGCUGACUGUGGAUGAAGACCUGAAUGACGUGGAGAGAGCCGUUUACCUGCUCAGCGUGGGUCAGGAGGUCCAGAGAUCCAGCGUCAUCAGCAACCUGCCGAGUCUUGUCCGCCAGAACCCAGCUGAGACUUUCCGUCGAGUUGUACCAAAAGUUCGGGAGGUCUUGAAUGGAGCCGGUGCUGAAAUCCAGCUGGCAGCAGCGACUUCCUUUUUAACCAUCCUGCAGGACGACAUCAUCCUGAUCCACACCACCUACUCCAUCCUGAAGACGGUGCUGCUCCACCUCAACCACCGCGACACAGUGGUGAGCAGCGCCUGGUUGGAGACUCUGCUGUCGGCCAUCAACGCUCUGCCCAAAGAGACCAUCAAACAGGAGGUGCUGAACCCUCUCCUCUACCAGAGUCCGCUGUCUCACUCCCUUCAGGCUCGCCUGGCCGCCUGUCGCAUCCUGGGAAAGGCUUCCUGCAAGUUUGACUCUCUCAUAGUGAAGAAGGAGCUGCUGCCUUUGGCCCGUUCUCUGAGCCGGGACACGGAGUCCGAGGUCCGAGUCUGCAUGUGCCGUCAGCUGGAGAGCAUGGCCAGAGCCAUCGGGGUGGAUGACACCAGAACCGAGCUCCUCCCUGAGCUGCUGGAGCUCGCCGGCGACGAGGAGAGUGGCGUUCGGCUGGCCGCCUUUGACAGCAUCAUCAGUCUGAUGGAGAUGAUGGACGGAGAUGACCGACUUCACCUCCUGGUUCCUCUGGUGAUGUCAGCGUGUGACGUUUCAUCACAGGUGGAUGGAGGCAUCGUGGUGUCGCUGUCGUUCCAGUUUGGGAAGCUCUGCAGCGGACUGGCAGGUUCACUGUCAGAAGAGCAGAAGAGGCUCCUGCUGCAGAAGUUCCAGGUCAUGUGUAUCACUGGACUGCAGACUGAAGAAAACCAGAUGGAUGUUGGCGAGUCCACACUGAUCCGCUGUAACUGCUGCUACAACCUACCGGCCAUGGUGGCGUUCGUAGACCCCGCCCACUUCCUGUGCGACAUCCAUCCAUCUUUCUCGGGUCUUUGCAGCGACCCAGAGGUCAGCGUUCGCCGAAGUGUAGCAGCCAGCUUCCACCAGGUGGUGAAGCUGCUCCAGUCUAAUGUCCAUGUUGUCCACAAGGAGCUCCUGUUGCUGCUCCAAGACAGUGCUCUGGAGGUUCUGGAUGCGCUGAUGAACCACCUAGAUGAAACUCUGGAGGUGGUCCUCUCUAGAGGAGACAAUCUAGUCCUGGACAACAAGCUCCCAGAGCUGCUGUCGGCGCUGCUGUCGGCCGAACAGAAAGUUGGAUCUUCUCUGCGUUGGCGGCUGCAUGAGAAGCUGCUGCACCGCUACAGCUGCCUGUCCAGACUGCUGCCCGGAGAGCUGCUGCACCAAACCUUCUCUGCUCGGAUCUUCGUCAUCCUCACCACCAACAAAGUGCUACCGGUACAGAAAGAGGCGGCUCGGACCUUCUGCACGUUCCUGCGCUACAAUCGUAAGCAGGAGCAGCGUCAGGAGAUGAUGGAGCGGCUGAUCCAAGAUCUGGCUCAAGGCCGCAGCUACUGGAACCGCCUGAGGUUCCUGGAUGUUUGUGAAAUCGCCACAGAGAUUUUCUCCAGAAAAUACUUCAACAGACAUUUCCUGAUCCAAGCGCUGGAACUCGUCCACGACCCUGUGGCCAACGUCAGGUACAAGCUCUGUCUGCUGUUGCCACGGAUGCGGUCGUCUCUCCGUCUGCCAGCUGACAAGCUGCUCCUGCAGAAACUAGAUUUCUGCGUCCAGAAGUUUCUCUGUCGAGAGAAAGACAAAGACGUUGUGGCCAUGAUCCGCAAGACAGUCCUGGAACUGGACAAACUGGACCUGUAUGAGCCUUUUCAUAAGAGACACGAGUGGGACCUGCUGGACCAGAAGAAGGAGAAGGAGGAGAUGCUGCUGCUGGAGAUGGAGCAGCUGGAGCGGCAGCAGAGCGACGGGAAGCUGAACUCUGACAAACACAUGGAGAGAAAACGAAGUUCGUCCUCUGCUAAAGAGACGAGGAAGGCUAAACUGUCUCGGAGUCGGUCCCUCAGCAGUCAGCCGACUGCGUCCAAACCCGCCAACUUGGACAGACCGCAGAAGGUCAAAGAUCUCAGCGGUUCUUCGGGUCUUAGAAAAUCCACCAGAGACGACUCAGUGAAGACCGCCCACUUCACCUUGACAACCCAGUCCACCUCUUCCGUGCCGGUUCUGAUCCGAAGCAAAACGACCAGCCUCCUGGACCAGGCCAGCCUGCUGGAGCAAAGGGAGCACAGAACCAGCACCCUGGACCAAAGGACUGGGAACCGAGACCAGCGGAACCACAUGAUGGAGCACAGAACCAGUUCCCUAGAGGAGAGAGAGCACAGAACCAGCACCCUGGACCAUCGGGACCACAGAACCAGCAACUUGGCUCAGCGCAGCAAGACGAUGGAGCGUGGGAGCAGCAUGAAAGAUAGUCAGUCCAGGAAGCUGUCCAUGAACAGGAAGUCCAACUCUCUCCAGUCAGAAUGAGAGUGAAGCUGAUGAUGUCAUCACUUACACUUGAUUCCAUCGGCCAAUCAGGUGCCUGGAAGCGGUUUCAUGGCGACGCCCAGAACCGGUGGAUGCUGAGCGAUCCUACUGAGCACUGUGUAUUCAACCAUCUCAUGGCUUCAUUUGAUUGGUUCACCUGCAGGUUGUAGGUGUGAUCUCAUCGGACAGUGAUCACCGCGGGCAACCAAACAGGAGUUCAUCUUGGACUGGUGGAAAUCAGAAAUUAUUUUAAAAUAAAUAACUGAAUGAAAACGGCUUUCAUGGAGUUUUUGUGCCACUAGAUGGAGGUUCAGAGAAAAGAGCCUCAGAAAGAGAAGGUCAUCAGAGUCCAAACAGCUGGUUCCUCCAACGAUCUCACCUUUCCUCACCUUUUGCUCCAAUCCAUCAACAAACUUCAGUUUAUUUCAUUCAGACUUUCUGUGGCAGAACAACAGGAAGUGCAAAACUGUGAAGGAAAUUGGUGGCUUUAAACAUUUUUGACAGGAAACCCUGCAAAGUGUGGAGUGCACCAUCUACAGACAGAAACAGCUGUGACAGAUUUCCUUUGACUAGGCCAGUCAGACUCAGAUUAAGCUACAGCUGGAUUACAAUUGGUGAAAGUGGAUAUUUUUUAUUUUUCCAGGUUUUCAUAGUAGAAGGCCAAAAAUGAAAUGGAAACCAUACUUUUCAGAUUAUCAGGGUGCAAAAUGUUGAACUAAUUUUUCAUCAGUUUCACAGUUCUGGGUUAUCUAAUACAAAGAUAGCAUAUUUUAACAAAUCUUUAAAUAAAAGAAAAAAAUAUUUUCUAAUUGAUUUUUUGUUCUUUCUGUCGCGUUUCCUCAGAGAAACUGACUUAUUGGUUGAAUAAAAUCUACAGUAAACAUUAAUCU